CGGUUCUCUCUUUUCCAUCCUCUCCGCCCUAUGCCUCUCUUCUAUCUCUUUCUCCCAUACUUAACUUCCCAUUCUAUGGUCUGCUCUUCACUUAAAUAAAUAUUAAUUAGUUCCAUUCCAUUCCAUCGCAUCCCAUCUAUGGAAGAAAGCCGCCACCAAAAGGAGCUCCAGCUCCUCCCUCAAAGCCCUCCUCCUCCUCCUCCUCCUUCCCUGCCGUCGGAAUCAUUCACCUUCCGGUACCGAUCCUCAUCGUCGUCGUCGUCCAAGAUCGACUCCGAUCAUCCGAAUCAGCAGUUGGGAUCGGGCCCAGCUCCGUCGCUGGACCUGCAGCUGUCAAUCAGCGUGAGGCCCUUCCACGGGGGGAGCAGCAAACAAAGUCGAGCCGUCGCCGCGGGGGCAAGCGGCGGCGGUGGAGGCACUGGGGAUCAGGUGGAGGCGCUGAGGUGGCAGGCGGCGGAGCAGAUGCGGGUGGCGGCGCUGGAGAAGGCGUACGCGGAGCGGGUGAGGGAGCUGAGCCGGAGGGAGAUGGAGCUGGCCCAGUCCGAGUUCGCACGUGCCCGCCAACUGUGGCAGCGUGCGAGGGAGGAGGUCGACAAGGCCCACCGCCUCAAGGAGCAAUCUGCUGCUGCCUCCGCCUCCGCCGCCGCUCAUCAUCACUACCCUGCCGCCGCCGCCGCCGCCACGUGCAUGGAGAUCACUUGCCAAUCUUGCAGGCAAAAAUUCAAACCUAAUUGAUUUCUUUCUUUGUCAACCUGUUCGUAUAUGCUGUGGUUUGCUUUCAUGUGACAGUGGUGAAGUCGUCAGUCAGGCUUUUUUUUUUGCCCCCAGAUUUGGGUACCGAAUUUUGGUUCUUUCAAUAAAUUAAAUCAAGGAGUUGAUGAUAUGUGGUGUGGAAACAUGUAGAAGAGAAGGGGGGAAAAAAAACUAAGUGGUGAAAGCUGAAGGAAGGACAUUUACGUACAUAUGAUCUGUAUAUGUACGUCGUAGUAGAAAGGAAGGAAGGAAGGCAGAGGGGAAAGUUUGGUAAUUCCGCAAUAACCUGCAAUCUCAGUACUCUUUCUGUCUAUCAGAGCACCCAUCCAUUAUUCCCAUCUCCAUUUGUUUGCUUUUGUACCUUCGUUUUUUUUUAUCAUCACAUGUCUGAUUGUGGAUGAAUGAAUGAAUAAUUUGAUUGAUG